AUGUCUCUCCCGCAACAACGAGCGGCUCCUUCGACAUCCGCACCUUCACAAACCUCCACAGCGACACCUCAAACUCAGACCCAGAACCCCACCAGAAUACUACGUUUGCGCGGUGACGGAACUUCCACAGGGCGAUCAGUACAAUGGGCCGAGGAUGUAGUAGAUAACGAAGGUCUAGGGCGCAAAAGCUCCAAAGUCUGUUGCAUCUAUCAUAAGCCGAAGGCUGUCGACGAGUCCAGCGACGAAUCGUCAUCCGACUCCGACUCCGACUCCUCCUCUGACGAGCCGGACGCAGAUCACCGCGGGAAGGGCAAACAGCACGGCCAUGACCAUCGCCGUUGCGGUAGGAAAGGAAAGCGAGACGGGAAGGGGAACAAGAGAGCGCCGAGUCCCAACGCUUAUGAGAAGGUACCUAAACCCAAGCCAAAGGCAGGUGAACCAAGCGGCAGCAAGCCCUAG